GUCUCCUGGCGGGGUUGCCGUGGAGACCAAGCGAGCUUUGUGGAUGCUGAGGCGCGCUGAAGCCAGGCCUUCUACUGUCUGUCUGCAGAGGGGGUUAACAGGACCGGCGCCAAGAUGAUGCUUUCAAGGGCCAAACCUGCUGUAGGCGGGGACCCACCGCACACUGACAAAAGAAAGAAGAAAGGUAGGAAGAUUCCAAAGCUAGAGGAGCUACUUUCACAAAGAGAUUUCACUGGAGCUAUUACCCUGUUGGAGUUCAAACGUCAUGUUGGGGAACAAGAAGAGGAUACUAAUUUGUGGAUUGGAUACUGUGCUUUUCACCUGGGUGACUACAAGAGAGCUUUGGAGGAAUAUGAAAAUGCAACAAAAGAAGAAAAUUGCAAUCCUGAAGUCUGGGUGAAUCUAGCCUGUACCUACUUUUUUCUUGGAAUGUAUAAACAAGCUGAAGCAGCUGGAUUUAAAGCUCCAAAAAGCCGACUUCAAAACCGCCUCCUCUUCCACUUGGCUCACAAGUUUAAUGAUGAGAAGAAAUUGAUGAACUUCCAUCAGAAUCUUCAGGAUAUCACAGAAGAUCAACUCAGUUUGGCCUCAAUCCACUAUAUGCGAUCUCACUACCAAGAAGCUAUUGAUAUUUACAAGCGAAUACUGCUAGAUAACAGGGAAUACCUUGCCCUCAAUGUUUAUGUGGCCCUAUGUUAUUACAAGCUGGAUUACUAUGACGUGUCUCAAGAAGUCCUGGCUGUUUAUCUUCAGCAAAUUCCUGAUAGCACCAUCGCACUCAAUCUCAAGGCCUGUAACCAUUUUCGCCUUUACAACGGCAAAGCCGCUGAGGCAGAACUCAAAAGCUUGAUGGACAACGCUUCUUCUUCCUUUGAAUUUGCUAAAGAGCUCAUCAGGCAUAAUCUGGUAGUUUUCCGAGGAGGAGAAGGGGCUUUGCAGGUUUUGCCUCCCCUGGUUGAUGUCAUUCCUGAAGCUAGGCUAAACUUAGUGAUUUACUAUCUUCGUCAGGAUGAUGUACAAGAAGCUUAUAACUUAAUUAAGGAUCUGGAACCUACUACUCCUCAGGAGUACAUCCUCAAAGGAGUGGUCAAUGCAGCCCUUGGCCAGGAAAUGUGUUCAAGGGAUCAUAUGAAAAUUGCCCAGCAGUUCUUCCAGUUGGUGGGAGGAUCAGCUAGCGAAUGUGAUACAAUACCAGGAAGGCAGUGCAUGGCUUCCUGUUUCUUCCUGCUUAAGCAAUUUGAUGAUGUCUUGAUUUACCUCAACUCAUUUAAGAGUUACUUCUAUAAUGAUGACAUCUUUAACUUUAAUUAUGCCCAAGCCAAAGCUGCAACUGGCAAUACCAGUGAGGGUGAAGAGGUUUUCCUUUUAAUCCAAAGUGAGAAGAUGAAAAAUGACUACAUUUACCUCAGUUGGUUAGCUCGGUGCUACAUUAUGAAUAAGAAGCCAAGACUAGCCUGGGAGCUUUAUCUCAAGAUGGAAACCUCUGGCGAGUCCUUUAGCCUCCUACAACUCAUUGCUAAUGACUGCUACAAGAUGGGCCAGUUUUACUAUUCAGCCAAAGCAUUUGAUGUCUUAGAGAGGCUGGACCCCAACCCUGAAUACUGGGAAGGCAAGCGGGGUGCCUGUGUGGGCAUAUUCCAGAUGAUCUUGGCUGGGAGGGAACCCAAAGAGACCCUUCGAGAAGUGCUCCACUUACUGAGAAGCACGGGUAACACGCAAGUCGAGUACAUCAUCCGGAUCAUGAAGAAAUGGGCCAAAGAAAACAGAGUGCCUGUCUAAAACAGCCCCCAAGUCCUCCGGAACCCAUCACCACUCUGACAUAAAAUUGGAGAUCGUUUCCCUCAAGUUUAUGUGAGAGACAGGGCUCUGUUGAUUGACAUCUCCUUCCUUGGUCUCCAAGCCUCCAGAUCAGUGACUGGCUAGCUUAGACCAAGCGUCCUGACUGAAUUAAGAGCUGUAGUCUGGGCUGUGGCUCCCACGUGAUCCCACGAGCAAUAAGACUUUGGACUUGUCCAGUGCCUUUAUUCUAAAAAUACUCAGAGCACUCUUAUGUAAUUUACUGACUUUAAGGAGAAUGACAUAAACUUUUUUUAUUUAUUAGCAUUCCAUGGCAUUUUCUCCAAGUUGCAAUAACAGAUGCCUUUACUGCUCAAGGGUCACAUCAUUUCUGUCAUCUUAAUUUUAGCCAUCUGUGUACAUGAUACUGUGUUACUGGGGAAAUCCAUAAAAAGUUUUGUAAUGCAUCUCUGAAUCUUAGGAGAGCAGAAGUUAUAAAUAGCUACAUGGUUCUAAGAAUGGCAGUAAGACCCUUUAUCAAACUGUCCAGGCAUUCAUAGAUAAUAGACAUAGUUGAAUUGUUGAUGAUAAUAACAUGUUACAGAAGAGUAACAUGUAUAUUGCAGUUUUUAAAAGGUGAGUUCUAUGUGAAGAAAAUCUGUGUGGGACAUUUUAAAGAUAUUCAGGAAACAAAGUAUAUAGGUCUCAUCAGUCACUUCUCCAUUAUAUUUUAGGUAAUCUUACAGGUUAUGUAUUCCUUCCUAUAUCUCACUAAGUAAACAUCAAUUUUUGAAAGUAGGGCCCCAGAGAUUAUUUUAUUUAUUAAUGUAAUGAUAAUAGAAUAUGAAUCAUGUAAAGUUCUUUGAGGGAUUCCCUAAUGGCUGGACUUUGUCCUAAGCCAUAUUCCAGCCCAAUGUUGCUGAGCUCUCGCAACACAACUUACACAACUGAGCAUUUUUAGGCUCACAACCUAUUUUCAGAAGAUAGAGCUAGACGUUUUAUGUACCAAGUUACUUUGUUUCUGUAUUACAUACUUUGUUUCUACUAGUUGAAGGUACCAGCAUUACAGAUACAGAAAGUGCAGAGCCAUUCCUACCCAGCGGGAGAACUCAAAGUCACAAGUCCUUGAAGCACUAAAGACAAGAAUUCCUAUAAGCACUGUGUCAGGUUUUCCACCACCCGCCCCAGCAUCCACUGUGGACGAAGGAGUUGUGUAGGAUGGAGAUGGGAACAUGGCGGGAGUCGGUGCAGCGGAGGUGAGAAGAUCAGUGAUGGCAGAGGGUUUUGCCUUCUGGACGAUUAUGAGGGUUCUCCCAUCUCCACUCAGGAAAAUGGCCAGUUCUCCAGUCUUUUGUUAGACCCAGAUCUAAUCAAGUCAAAGCACAAAUCAAAAUAAACUGGUCCAAAUAGCUGAGUUUUGAAAACAAAAUUACACCACCAUUUUUUAUAUACAAAAGCUGUUGACUGUUUCUGUUUUUUCACUCGUUGGUUCUCAGUAUCUAAGUUACUAGGUGGAUCAGAUCUGGACAGAACCUGCCAUAAUCUUUAGAAUCCUUGUGAUUCUUACUUACCUCACUCAAAAUAUUAGGAAACGUGACAGUAGAAAAAGAUGUAUGGACCUCUUCAGUGGUUCUUGCAGAUGAAAUUUGUCUUCCAGUUAGUUGCUAUUAUUUUCAAAUUUCCUAUACUUGGAAAGCUUUUCCAUGGAUGGCAAUUUACUUUUAAAUGAGCUCUUGUUGAUCUUCACACUCCAGCUUCUCCCUGCCAUUUUUCUGUCUCCUGGAAAAAACAGAUAUUCCAAAAAGAGCAAUUUCCAGAAUUUCAGAUUAACUUUUUAAAAAGUUUUUUAUCUAUAGAACUGACCCCCCCCCCCGCCCCCGCCACAAUACCCCAUAGAGACUAGUUUAAGAGAGAUACUACCCAAUUCUGUUAUUAAGGAUAGCUACUUCUGAAGCAGCUUGGCCCUUUGGCGGGGCCUGAAGAUUGCAAAGCAGUGUUGCAUGGAGAAGAGAGGGUCCAGGCUUGGGAAUGCAGUGGUAACGUGUACAAUUCAUAGCAUCAGUGUGCUCCUUACACUCUGCAGCAGAGACUACUUGCAAACGGAAAAAAUGUUAUUUUUAUACUUCAAAAGAAUUGUUAUGUUCCACUGUAACGUAUUUAAAUUAAAGCUUAUUAUUUGGUUAUUUAUAGUA